AUGAGCGUCGUGUCCUCGGUGCUCUCCACCGGUUCAUCACGCUGGAACUUAAAUGACCGCUUCGCCUCUCUAAUGGACAGCAUAUUCGCCAUCGGUGCCGGCCUCGGCGUACGAUUCGUCGUCGAUGCUGCCACCCGCCACAACUUCAAACUCAGCGGCUCCCUCGUCGGCCUGUGGGAGGGCGUUGUCCUCCUACACUUUCUCAAGAAGAUGCCGCGCUCAAACGACCCCUACAUCGCCUAUGGAGUGCGCCUCUUUGUUGACUUCCUCGUCACGGAGAGCGUCGCUCGCUUCGUGGUCGUGCUCAUCUGGACCGGGAUGGGCAUGGUGCUCGCCGACAUCGCUCCGGCCGUAUGGGACGAUGCUGGAGCGAAGCGGAUAUGGAGACAUUUUCGGAGGGACAUGCGGACGAUCCGGAAGAUGAUACCGACGGUGGCGUUCUUCCCUCCUGCGCGCACCGUACGCUUUUCUCCUUCAUUAGCGCCCACCGAGACAGUGGGCAGCGAAGCUCCAACACCCUCCGCUUUCACCCCCACCGAAUUGACACCCGCCACAAACCCUUCCACCAACCUUCCGCCGCCCACCACGAACUAUACAGAGGCGACGACGACCACUCAGCGCCGCGUACCAGGUUACUUCCCUUCUGGGUACUCCGACACUGACAGCUUAUCAUCCAUUGGUUCCCCUCUACCCCAAGGCAGGCGGAUACCUUCAAGUGUCGACCCAACACGGACAAGCAGACGACUGUCGGUGUAUCCCACCGUUCUCGACGACUCCGAUGCGUCAUCGCAGAACGGCAACGACCUCGACGAAGGCAACCUUUCCUCCUCCGCGUCGGACACGUCGACCGAGGUAGCUGGCCCGUCGGCCUCCUCCGCUGUGCCCAUUGACACGGAAAACAUCCCAGAGAUCGAAGCCGAAGAGGAGCCACCUAUACAAGUCUCGACGGAAAAGCCAGAGGAAGAAGCGGACCUUACAACUCCAAGGAGCCGUCCAAUUCAGAUGCCGCCGACGCCCUCCGACUCUGCUGCGCGGUGGGACCGUGAUAUUCGGGAGCAGGAUGAGCCACUGGGACAGCGCCCCAAGUCAGAGCUUCUUCCUCAGAUCCCCGAUUUCCUCGAAGAGCCAACUUCUGAAGAUUGGGAGAAGAUAAAGAAGGAGGACUGGAUGGAGGAGAAGGAGCUACCGCCUACGCCUACUGAGGAGCCUGCGAAAGAGGCCAAAGAUCAGACAACUGCCCAAAAACCAGCAUCCGAAGUCACACCAUCGCCUGAGGAAGAGGACUGGGAUACGAUGAAGUCGCAGGUUUUGGGCGGUGGUAAUGACGAAACGAAGAAAGCAGACGAUGCUGAGAAAACACAAGAUGCUCUUCCUACGACUAACGACGCUCAAGAUCAACAACUACAUCACAGGGAGUCGCAACCACCUCCGUACCAGGAUGACUUUGACGACAUUUAUGGCGAUGAGGCACCUCCCGAAAAGCCUGCUUGGUCCUCGACUAACUGGCUGGACCAAGAAGAGACACGUUUGCGAGAGCAACAGGAGGAGGAAAGGAGGGUAAAGGAGGAAGAGGAGGAGCGGUUGAGGAAAGAAGCCUUAGAAGCAGAGCGUGUGAAGAAAGAUGAAGAAGAAAGGAUGAAGGCUGAAGAGGAGGCGGCGCGUCUGAAGAAAGAGGCUGAGGAGAAAGCUGAGGCGGAUCGUAUAAAGGCCGAAGAAGAGGAAAAGCAAAGGAAGAAGAGGGAAGAAGCUGCAGAGCGAAGGAGGAAGGAACAAGCGGACGCGGAUGCGAGGAAGAAGAAGCGAGAGGAGGAGGUGGCGGCUGAGAAAGAGAGAAAGAGGAAAGAGGAGGAGGAAAAAAAGAUAAAGGAGGCUGAGGAGAGGACGAAAGCUGCAGAGGAGGCCGAGGCUAGCAGACAGAAGGUGAGAGAGGAGGCUGAGGCGAAGGGUGCUGCCGAGAAGAAACGGUUAGAGGAAGAGGCCGCGGCAGAGCGAAAACGCCUGGAAGAAGAGGCUACAAAGAAGAAACGACUGGACGAGGAAGCUGUCGAGAAGAAACGGUUGGAAAAGGAGGCUGCCGAAAAGAAACGGCUAGAGGAGGCGGAGGCGGAGAAGAAACGGCUGGAGGAGCAGGAGGCAGUAGCUGCAGAGAAGAAACGACUCGACGACGAGGCCGCUGCUGCCAUCAAACAGAAACGGUUCGACGAUGAAGCUGUUCUUAAUGCCGAGAUCGCUAGGCUUGCUGCUGAGGAGGAUGAACGAUUGAAGGCUGAGGCCGAGCAACAGAAGCAACAAGAGCGGGAACUGAAGAGGCAAGAAGACGAGGAAAGGUAUCAACAAGAGCAGGCCGACUUGGUUGCUGCCGACGCUGCUCUUGCAGUAGCCUUGGAGGUCGAACUCGCUGACGCUGUUCCAACAAAUUCUUCGAAUCCUGCCAAUGGCGAAACCCAACAACCCUCAGAUCCCUUCUCCCCCGUUGGACUCCCUGCCGCUGGUGCCCACGUCAUCCCCGAGCAGCCAGAAUACGAAGAGUCUGUCCUCAGCGAAAUGAGCGAGGCACCAGGGAAGAUUCAAGAUAGACUCGAGCGCGUCAUCCUCUGGAAAGCGCAGAUAGUGGAAAUUGAGAGCCAGGUCCGGAUGUUGAAGGCCCAGGUUACCUCUGCGACUGCAGGAGGCGACGUAGGCGCAGUGGCAGAGAAGACAGCAGAGCUUCAGCGCACGGAGAAGGUGCUUCGGAAGAUGCAAAAGAAGGAACAAAGGCGGUGGGAUAACGGGGUUGAGAACGAAGUUGCUGAGAAUCUUCAUGACACCGCCGACAUUAUUUUUUUGGAUGGCUUGACGCCUGGAGAUGCGAAGAAGAGGAUACAGGAAAAACUGGAAGAGCUGCUGAGCCCUGCAGCUAACUCCUUGAAGCUCACAAUUAACCUCGCCAAAGGAAAAGACGGCAAGAAGCAGACCAAAGGGUUGACUGAUAUUCUCAUGAUGUUCCUCUUCCUGGACUAUACUAGCACUGAUGCCACCAAGAUUUCUAGGAUUAAUAUUCCCCCAGAAGACUUUGCCACCUGGCUUACUGCCUACCGCAUUGCAGCAACACGAGAAGAAUCGGAGGAGUAUCCUUGGUAG